GUCUUUGGCUCCCUUGCCCUUGGACGUCUGUUUGCCCACUUUGCCCUUGCCGAAAAGUGUCCACUGUCCCUUGCGAAAAUGUCCACUUUGCUGUCCCUGUCCAAUCCCGUGGCUGCAGGGCCGAUUUGACGGGCGCCUGGCCUUGUUAGGCACAGGGUGUAAUUUGAUCAACGUCAUUCCCAGGGCAUUCAUUGCGUGCAUCCGCAUCCGUGCACCGGCAAUACUGUCAAAGUCAACAACGAACGGCAGCUCUCGAACUACCCCAGAUCGUCAACCACCUUGUCCAAGACGACGACGACGACAACGGCAACGACAACGAAGCACCGCCAAAUAAAAUGUCAGACGAUCGAAUGGAAAUCUCCGACGAGGAGGGUUCCUCCCUCUUCGCAUCGCCCACUCAUCCUCCCACCUCCCGCGCCCAUCCCCCGUCGCAAGCGCAACAGCAACAGCAGAAAACUCCCGUCGCUUCGAGCGCAGCAGCCGCCGCCGCCGCCGCCUCAACAUCCAAGGACCCCAGCACCAACCAGAGCAGCGGUAGCCGCUCAUUCGGUAUCGACAACACCACCAUCGAGAGUCGCGAAGCCGCUCUACAGCGCGAGCUAGAAGGAGUGCGCAAGAUCAACCAAGUAAUCGAAGGCGUCAUUGGUACAUUGGAGCGCGCAAAGGGGAACAUGGGUACCGUAAACCGCACCAUCCACUCGGCCUCCCAUCUCCUCACCACCUGGACCCGCAUCCUCUCCCAAACCGAGCACAACCAGCGCCUCCUGCUCAACCCCUCCUGGAAGGGCGCUACCGCCGAUUUACUCGAAAUCGAAGCCGAAGCCCUCGAGCGCCAGCGCGAAGCCGAACGGAAGGCCGCCGAGGCGGAGCGCAAGCGGGAAGAGGCGCGCCGCAAAGCAGAAGAAGAGGCGGAACGGAGACGGUUGGCUGUUGCGUCGAGUGGACUGGGAUCCUCGAGGGGAAGGCCGAGGAGUCGAUCCGUCGGGGUGGCGAGUUCGAGGUAUGGCAUUGGAGUUACGAGAAGCAGUGUGACGGGAACGAGAGGUGGCAGAUCUGGGUCGGGGGUGGGAAGUUUGGUUGGGACUGGGAGGACGGGAACGGGGACGGCAGGCGCGGCGGCUGGAAGAGUGGGCAUGACUACUAGGAGUGGACUGGCUUAUCGACCGGCUGGGGCGACAGGGACGUCUGGGAUACCGAGUGUGAGAGGAGGGAGAGGAGGGACGACAACGACUAGGGGCGCUAGGGGUGGAAGUACAACAACGACAAGAGGGGCGAGAGGUGGUACAACAAGAGGUGGAAGUGCGCGUUGAGGAAGGGAUCAAAGUGUGCUGGACAUGCUUACGAUCAUGACCACAACUAUGACUAUGACGAGAAGAAAGAUAUGUUAGAGUGCUGUAAACUCCUCAAAGGAGAAAGCCAUGUCAUUUUAGAAACCCCCAUAUACCCAAUACCGAUAUACAGAUACCCAAACCAAACCGGACCUUCUAAUUGAAACCCUUAAAAUCAAACGCCAUUUUAUGAUCCUUCCCACAUUAUAUCAUUUCCUGUUUCCCUUUCCAUCAUCAUUUUCAGUUUUUACGUCUUCUUCUGGAAAAAACUCGUCAACUUCAUCAUCCCCCUCGUAUUCACCUUGGCCAGCUCCUUCACUCCCCUGCUGACGCCCGCCUUCUUCGCCUUUUCUUCCUCUUCCUUUUUGCGUCUCUUCUCGGCCCGCUCAAACGCCUCUUCUUCGUCUCCAGCUAUGCGCUUCCGCGAGAAAUCGCUAUGCGACCGCGACGCUACCGCUUCUUGGCGGAGCUUGGCUAAUUGCGCGAGGUAGGAGUCUAGGAGUGAAAAGUCCACUGAGGAGGGACUGGAUAGAGAAGAUUUGAGGUGCGACGAGAGAGAUGGGGGGAGGUAAGAGGAGGUGAGGAAGUUGAGGGAUACGCGGAGACGUUGGAGAGUAAGGAUUUCGGGCGUGGGGAUGAGGGAGGGGAUUACUUCUGCUCCAGUUCCGGAGGUGGGGGUAGCGACGGCGGUGGUGGCUUCGGAGAGGGACGAGGUGGUCGUCGUCGUCUCUUCUUGCGACUCAGUGGACACAGUGGUAUCCGACCUCGAAAGCACAGUCGUCCGAAUCCCCACAAUCGGCGCCUCCAAUGCUUUCGCAACAAACUUCUCUUCCAUACUCUUCGGCAGCCCACCUUCACUCAUGCGCUUGGCUUUCGAUAAUAGCUCCUCGACGAGUUUACUCUCGUUCAACCGGAACAUGGUCUCAUCGCCCGCUUCUACAGUGUCAAAAACAGCCGCCAUGCGUUUCUCUAGUAGGUUCCGCGCUUGAGGCCAUUUAAGCACUUCCAAUAGGUGGUUCUGCCUCUUUCCGUCACUGUCCUGCUCUGAUACGGCAUCGAAGUGGUCGUCGCUCGAGAGGAACAUGCGCUGCUGCUUCUUGUCUGCUGCUGCUAGGGCGGGCAGCACGAGGAAGAGGGGGUCGAUUUGUGUAGCUACGUAGAGCUCCGAAUCCUUUGUGGUUUGCGCGGGGGUGAUGGCGGUAGUGCCGUCUUGGAGUUUGGCGCUGUCGAUUAGCCAGCUGCGUGGGGAUUUCUGUUGGGGGGCGGCGAUCUUGGUGAACUCGUAGAAUGUGCCCGAGUCGGGGCAGACGAGGUAGCGCGUGGGCUUGGCAUAGCGCGG